AAACAUUUGCCAGAAAAACACCACUUGGGCAUGCUCAGUACCGGCCAGGUCAUUGCAAAAGGCAACGGCGGCGUCACAUGUGAUAACAGUGAGAAGCCCAUAUGUGCCUAUUCUUAGCCCUGGAAUGUAUACAAUGCCCCACCGCCUUGCGCUCCUGCACAAAGCUCCCGAAAGCGGCAAAAGUGACUUCAGAAUAAACACGUCCAGAAAUCACCCUCUAUGAAUCACUUACCUACUGAAAGAAACGUCCUGUGGGUUUAUAGUUUUUAUCCAGGCUCUAGCUAUGGAAAAUCUCAGCAGAGAAUAAGCGACAGAGAGUAAGUGCAUGCAGGGAAGGACAACGGAAGCAAAUGAAUAUUUAGAGCAACAUCAAAGUCCUGAUUUGUUCCCUCGGAGCUGGAUAUUCCAAUAAAAGCUGCUAAGAAUUUGUUUUUUCUGCCAAGUCCAGAAUUCAUCUCUCUCUUACUUUGCUAUGGAGGAGGGAUCUGCUGAGGAGUUCCUCUUCAAAGACCAGGACUUCUCCUCCGAACUGCUGAGGCAGCUGAAUGCUCUGCGGCAGAGCAGGAUGCUGACUGAUGUUACUCUCUGCUCUGGGGGCUUUGAAGUCCCCUGCCACCGAAAUGUGCUGGCUUCCAGCAGCCCAUACUUCAAGGCAAUGUUCUGUAACAACUUCAAAGAGAGUCACCAGGCUAAAGUCAUCCUGAAGGGCAUUGAUGCUGAGAUUUUGGACCAGAUUAUCCUUUACAUUUACACAGGGGAGAUUCUCAUAUCUGCCGAGAAUGUCUUGUGCCUCUUGGAGACGGCGUCCAUGCUGCAGUACGCCAAGCUGUUUGAGGCCUGCUCUGCCUACCUCCAAGACAAGCUGACUCCUGACAACUGUUUGAGCAUGAUCAGACUGUCAAAAAUCUUGAGCUGCCAAAGCCUGAAUAAGAAAGCCAAGGCUAUGGCUUUGAAAUGCUUUCCUGAGGUGGCCUCUUCUGAGGACCUGAAGGACCUCUGUCCUUUGGAGCUCCUUGAUUACCUUGGGGACGAUGACCUCUGCGGGGAGGAGGAGCAGGUCUUUGAGACACUGAUGGUCUGGAUCCGGCAUGACCUCCAGGCAAGACAAGGCUACAUCCAAGACUUGUUCAAGAAGGUCCGGCUUCAGUAUGUCCACCCAACUUUCCUCUUCCAUUUCAUCGCCAAUGACUCCCUUGUUCAGUCUUCUCCCACUUGCAGGAGCAUUCUCGAAUCGGCCUGGAGACAGAUGUUUUCCUUGUACAGCACCAACGCACCCGACAUCAAGCCCAUGGUGCAUGUUCCUCGCAGGUACUCCAACCAAGAGUUUCUCAUCAUCAUUGGUGGCAGGAAGGACAACAAGCAGACCACAAGGGAUGUCCUGCUCUACGAUGACAAGACCAGCCAAUGGCUAAGCCUGGCCAAACUUCCUGUGCGCCUCUACAAACCCUCUGCAGUGAGCUUACACAGCAAUAUUUAUGUGCUUGGAGGGAUGCCUGUUAGCAAUAAGAAAAGCCCGGUCAGUGAUAAUAUUUACAUUUACUCCCUCAAACUCAAUCAGUGGAGGUUGGUUGAGCCCAUGUUAAUUCCACGUUACUCCCACAGAAGCUUGGCAUAUAAAAAUUAUAUUUUAUCAUUUGGCGGAAUUGGUGAAAACCAAGAAAUCCUGAAUUCCGUGGAAAGAUACGACAGCAUCUACAACACCUGCGAGAGCAUGGCAAACAUGCCUGUUGCUGUCCUUCACCCUGCUGUUGCUGCUAAAGACCAGAGGGUCUACCUUUUUGGGGGAGAAGACAUUAUGCAAAACCCUGUUCGGCUUAUCCAGGUUUACCAUGUCUCCAGGAAUACAUGGUUUCGGAUGGAGACCAGAGUGGUGAAGAAUGUCUGUGCACCAGCUGCUGUGAUUGGAGACCAGAUUAUCAUUGUAGGAGGGUACACCCGGAGAAUAAUUGCUUAUGAUACAAAAAGCAACAAGUUUGUUAAAUGUGCAGACAUGAAGGACAGGCGAAUGCAUCACGGGGCCACUGUCAUCAAGAACAAGCUGUAUGUCACGGGAGGACGGUGUCUCACUGUGGACAACAUCAUCGAAGACUCAGAUUCCUUGGACUGUUAUGACCUAGAGACGGACACAUGGACAACGAAGGGAAAACUGCCACACAAACUCUUUGACCACGGGUGCCUUACACUCCAGUGUGUCCCCUGUUCUAACCUUCUCUAAAUGACUUUUGGUACAUCCCAGGACAUUUCUGGUGUUUUCCUUCCCAGAAAAGGACCCACCUUGCUCUGCACAGAGCACAUGGGGAAUCCUCAUGGAGUCCCACAAACUCCUGUUCUUGAAGGUACCAGUGGGGCUGGUCGUUCCCCAAAUGCUCUGCCACAAAGGUCACAAGCUUCAUGCUUAUACCAUAGUCAUCUGACCAGUAUUGCAUGUGGUGCUGCUGAAGUCCAGCCGCAAGGCCUUACCCAGCAGCUCAGCAGAAAACCAAAAAAUACUGGGUAAGAACCCAGAGCGGGAUUUGGUCUUGUGAAGACUUUUAAACGAAAGGUGAAUAGGAGUGCUGAUACCUCCAGAGAAAGUGAGAUCUGGGCAACCUGCAUUUAUGUUAGCAUGUGAAGAAGCAGAACUACUCAGCUGCAUGGCAUGGCCCUUUGCUGCUCAGUGCUGACCAAGCUUUCCAUUUGCAGUGGCAGGAGCGUUUGGAAUAGGAAGCCCCAAGCCCUGAUUGUGUAGCCAGCCCAGCAGCAUCUAUCUGUAUUAGCUACAGUAAUCAUCUCAUAAGACAGAAUUUUAAUGACACCAAAUUAGAAAUUAGAAAAAGGCUGAUGCUUUGAUCUGAAUGCUCAUAUUGCAAGAAAAACAUUUUAUUUUCUCGAGCUACCUCUGUUUCAUGGUGCAGUAAAAAAUUGUGUUUCAAUUGCCUGCUCUCCAAAGGAGCAGGAGAAGGGAUAAUGGAAAUAAAGAUUGUCUGUGUCUUCUU